AUGUGGAAAGCUUCUAACUAUUUCCCAAAGAGUGAAGUUCUUAUCCUUAUCCGUAUGUCUUUGAUAAAGAUUGUUGAAAAUGACACAUUGGGGAUGCACGAUCAACUUAGAGAUCUUGGAAGAGCAAUUGUUCAGCACGAAGAUGUCAAUUUUCCGGGGAAACGCAGUAGGUUGUGGUUACCGAAGAUUGCGUUGGACGUGGUUCGGAUGAAAGAGGGGACAGAUAAAGUCGUAGCACUCAGACUAACGGGACUCUCCAAUGUGCAUCAUUUCACAGGUGAAGAAUUUUCAAAGCUGCCCAAUCUGAGAUUCUUGGAAUUAGAGGGGGGGAACUUGGUAGGGGACUUUAAAAAUAUUCUCUCCAAGUUAACAUGGCUCUCUUGGAGUUUUUGCCCUUUGAAAUUAAACGCGACAAAUUUAAGUCUCGAGAAAUUGGCCGUGCUCGAGCUCUCAGGAAGUAACAUUACUGAAGAUUGGACCGGAUGGGGGCCAUGCUUGGUGAGCGAGAACUUGAAAGUUAUACGAAUUACUCAUUGCCCAAGCUUAAAAAGGACUCCUGAUUUCUCAAAAUGCUUGAAUUUGAAGAUAUUGGUUCUUCAAGGUUGUACGACCUUGCUAGCGGUUGAUGGCUCUUUCUCUAAACUAGAACACCUGAAGCACUUGCAAAUCGAGUCGAUUGAUAUGGUAGGGGAAGACGAUUGGGACAUUUUUGCAGUGUCUUCCAUAGGUGGUCUAGAAUCCCUGUCAACGCCAAAAGUAAGAAGGAGGGAACUUCAAGUACAUGAUGAUCAUGUUGCACAAAUUAAUCAUCUGUGGUGUUUGGGUUUAGAUGAUUGUUCACUUUUUACACUUCCAGAGGGAAUCGAAGAAUUACCUCACUCUAUCGGAGAUCUUCAAAUGUUGAGGAAGAUGAGUCUUCGUAGAACUCGGAUAAAGGAGCUACCGAACCCAAUAGGAGAGCUCGAAUCCUUGAUUGAGCUAGAUUUAUGGGGAGCUGAUAUCACAAAAUUACCUGCUUCUAUUGGGAAUCUCAAAAGGUUGGAGAUUUUAUGUCUAGAAGGGAGUGCGAUAAGAGAGCUCCCAAAGGCAGUAGGGAUGCUAGAGAAUCUUAAAGAGUUGAAAGCCCGAAAGUGUAGAAAUCUGAGAGGGGAAAUUCCAAGUGAAAUUGGGGGUCUAUCAUUUUUGAGGAUGCUAGAUCUAAGAGAGAGCAAGGUUAGGAGAUUGCCCACAACUAUGAAUCAACUUUCUCAUCUCCAACAACUUUGUUUGGACGACUGUAAUGAAUUAGAACAGUUGCCAGAACUCCCUGUGAGUUUGAAGGAGUUAAAUUUCUCAUCUCAUUUAUUGUGGACAGCCCCUGACCUUUCAUACCUAACUAACUUAUCCAAUCUUUAUAUAUGGGACAACACUCCUCAAUUGUCAGAAUUCAGACAAAGAGCUCCAAAGAUGGAGUGGAUUGAGGGAUUAUCUAAUUUGGAGAGCUUGACACUUGUCAUGGGAGAUGUUGCAUUUCCUUUUAUUAAUUUGGUUACUCUUUCUCGACUUCUGAUUCUUAAGAUAACUUGUGUUGAUGUUCGAUUUCUGAUGGGGCUUCCAUCUAGUCUUGAAAACUUGGCUCUAUAUACUGUCAAGUCACCAAUGGAAGGGUCACUCUUUUCCAACUUGACAAAUCUGUCCAAUUUGGACCUUUAUGGAUGUCGGCUGAGGGAGGUUGAAUUUGAUUAUGUCCUUGGACAGCAUUUGGAGAAACUCCAUAGUUUGUAUGUGAGGGAUAAUGAAUUUCUUGAGAGGCUAUCAGUAUCAGGAUUGAAGGGGCUCCAACGGUUGAGCGUGUUUGAUUGCCCAAGGCUAACGGAGAUUCAAGGUGUAGAGAAAUUAAAAUCAUUGCUUGAAUUGGGAUUUUAUAGGACGGGAAUCACGGGAUUUGCCUAA